AUGCUCUUCGAUGGACAGGACCGGGCUUGGGUGCAGCCUGUGAUAGAAGGCAACACGGCGCAGUGGCCUGGGGCACAAGACUGGAGCGAGCUGGAGCCGUACGAGGAGGGGCGAGCCGGGGAUCUGCCCAUGGAUGACAGGACUUUCUUUGGCGAACUCGCACUCCACUUGCUCGAGGAUGCGGACCGACUGGCGCUUUCUCGCACGCUGCACCUGGCCGGAGGACAGCUGCGCCUUCGUGGCGCAGGCCAACGUGCACCAAAGGAUCCUCUAGCUGAUGUCGAGAUUCCUGGUACCAAUGGGCCCAUGCAGUGCGCGCUCUCAUUCAUAGGCACAUCACCCAGCAUGGAAUUCUUCGCUACUGGAGGGGAGCUUUCCGUGGAGAUAGAGCCAAGUGAUGCAGCGCAAGGAGAGAUUGGUCUAGGAUCAGGGGACCGGAAGAAAGGCAAGAAACGGGGCAAGAAGAAGCUGCCGGUGCCAGAUCUGGACGCCAUCAGUGACCCCUUGGAGCACCAGAAGCAACGCCGCCUCGUCAAGAACCGCAACACGGCUGCCGCCUCCAGGCAAAUGCCCUUCGUUGUUUGCAUAGCGGAGUUUGACAUGCUGACUGCGCGCACGGACUUCCUGACGAUGGACAAUGCCGGCCUGCAGCAGCAGAUUGCCGCGCGCAACGUUGAGAUUGCCUGGCUGCAGCGCGAAAUCUCCGGGGAGCUCAAGAGAGCUGUGCAGAAACUGGUGAGGAGGCGCAAGGAUGUGCGCAGCAAGGAGGGCGAGGCCAGCCGGGAUUUUGCAGCACGCGCUGCGCUGGGACCUGCUCUUGUCGGUGCUGUCUCCGCUCUGAUUCGGGAGAUGGGCCAUGAGAUCAGCGAGUGCUGGAUGUCAGUGCUGUGAUGAUUCUCGCAGCAUGCGCAUCCCUGUUUUUUUUUUGAGCCUGCUCUUGCCAUUGAUUUCUUUUUUAUGUUUAGGGUUUAGGAUAGGUUUAACCCUAAACUUUCAAUAAUGUGAAAACUGAUUUUUUAUCCAUCAGCUGGUGGUCUGCUUUAUUAUAUUUCUCGCGCCUGAAUUAUCAAGAGACGAUAUAACAGACUGCAGGCGUUGGGACCUGCUCUUGUUUUUGCUGUCUCCGCUCUGAUUCGGGUGAUGGGCCAUGAGAAACUUACAGCGAUUGC